AUGUCAUCUGCGACGAAUGCUACUUCAGUGAAAGAUAAUGCCAAUUUGGCAUUUGUUCGAGAAGAGACCGAGUGGGAACAGUGCUCGCGUAAUCCCGACGUGGCUCGGCUGGUCAAAACACGCAAUCUGAUCGAACGGAAUCGAUUAGCCGUUGUCCGGUCUCAGUUAGACCGUGAAUUAGAGCGGGAGCUGAAGCGUUUAUCUUUGGAACGCAAGGAAUUUUCGGACGUACUGGAGAAUCUUCAGCGCCGGCGAACUGAAAGUCGUCAGAUGAAUGUGCGACGGAGUAGUAAGGCACCGUAUUCCAUGAUGGGUAUGGUAAGCAACAGAGGUAAACAAGAUCGAAUGAAUCGGUCUGGUCAGUGGAUCGCUCCGACUUUGAGUGUGAAAUGUGUCGAGCCUGUUUCGGACCCCAACAGACAAACCUCAUCUAGUUCGAUUCAAUCUGAAGUGGAUCGGGCCAGUUCACAUCGUGGAUCUCUUUCAAGUAUCAUGUCAUUACCGGAACUUUAUCGACUAGCGACCCCCCACGUAUUGUCGACAAGGAGACAACCGAUUAAGGUACCCACUGUGAGCAAACCACAACUGGAAGUGCCCAACUCUCUCAGCAUUCCGUCUAGAUCCUCUUCGGAUUCUAUGUCAAAUGAUACCACCCCGGGAACCAGUUCACUGUCCUGA